AUGGCUGUCUUCUUACUUCCCAGUAUCUCUGGGUUUCCAUCGUUGUCUAUAGGGCUGGACACCGAAUCAGGUGGGUCUUCUCCAUUUCCUCCUUUAGGUUACAUAGAGGGCAUGUGGGUUGAAUGUAUACUCUCAAUCUGCGAAGGUGUUUUGCCAAGCAGUCGUGUCCGGUACGUAUCGGCUAUGUCGGAGAGUGCCACUGUCCACUGUUUCUCUGUUGUUCGAGCUUUGAGUUCGUUGAACCUUGAGGUCUGGAAAGCCGGGUAUGUCGGAGAGUGCCACUGUCCACUAUUUCUCCUUUGGGGCUAUAUCGGAGAGUGCCACUGUCCACUGUUUCUCCUUUGCUAUAUCGAAGAGUGCCACUGUCCACUGUUUCUGAUUCUUGGCCCGCCGGGUAUGUCGGAGAGUGCCACUGUCCACUAUUUCUCCUAG